CGAUAAAUCUUUAUCAACUUCACGAUUGUGAUUCGUAAUUGCUGCGGUGUCAGAUUUUUGAAGGGAAUUUUUUAAUUUACAUUAUAGAACGGUAUGACCGUCAUAUACGCGAUCAUACCGCUUUUCUUAAAAACGUCUACCUCGUAACAUUUAUUUUCACUGACAAGAAACCAUGUCGAAAAUGAAAAACAUUCCAAAUAACUUAACCAAGUGGGAUCUGUCAGAGGAUUCUCUGGCACCGUUAACCGAUUACCAAAAAGAAUGUUUAUUGAAUUUAGAAGAAGAAUUGUUCCCUGACAGCAAUUUGAAAACUGAGAAGACAGGUGAUACCGUAUGCGCAAGCGAAGAAACUAAGAAAACAGUACAAAUAGAACGAUGCCAAGAUCUAUUAGAACAUUAUGCCAAGUUAGAAAAAGAAUGUAUGGACAGGAAAGAUAUGAAAUAUGUGUUGUAUCUUAAUGAACUGCAAUCUCGACGACAAGAGUGUCAUGAACUUUGUCUUCAAAUAGAAGAAGCAUUAGAAGAUUUUACUCAGUUAUAUAAACAAUUUUCAGAGGUUUCUGAUAAAACGAUAUCACUUUAUGAUGCUAGCGAACAGCUUGAUUCAGAUCAAAGAAAAUUAAAUUCUACCAUAGAAAACAUUACAGAAUAUGUGAAAUAUUUUAAAGAUAUUGAUAUGAUGAUGGAAAAACUAGAAGCACCUACGUUAUCAGUGAAUAGUGAAAUGUUCUUUAAUAUUUUAGAUAAAAUUGAUACCAACAUAGACUUUGUGCAGAAUAAUCUUUCGUUUAAAGAAAGCAAUACUUAUUUGAUCAAAUAUAAACACUGUCAAUCUAAGGCAAUAUCAAUGAUGCAAAAUUAUAUUUUUAACCUAUUUAGCAAGACCACAGAAAGUAUAUUGAAUUUAAAAGAUAAUGAUGAUUCCCAAGAUAAUGCAGAUGCAGCUUUAGCUCUUUUCUAUGGAAGAUUUCAAACUAUUUUGUCAAAAGCUAGACCAGUUAUAGAACAAAUUGAAGCAAAAUCUUAUAAGAGACAAGAAUAUGACAGCUUAUUGUCAGAGUGCCAUCAAUGUUAUUGGAGUCAAAGAGGAUUAGUAUUAGGCAGUAGUGUACAAAAGUCUCUAAUGUCUGUAAAGGAGAAAUACAAUGGUGAUCAUUGUAGUCUGGUAAGAAAUUCAUGUGCAUUACUGUUACAUGCAUCAAUGGAUGAAUAUAAAUUAUUUUAUGAAUUUUUUUCUAAACCAUCCAGUGGAUUAACAGCAUAUCUUGAAAGCUUAUGUACAUCUUUGUAUGAUACACUUAGACCAUUCAUAAUUCAUAUUAAUCAUUUGGAGACAUUAGCUGAAAUUUGUUGCAUUUUGAGGAUUGAAAUGUUAGAUGAACAUGUUCAAAACAAUUUUGAACCAUUAGAAGGUUUUGGUAACAUUUGCCUGCAAUUAUUGCAUGAUGUACAGGAGAGACUGGUUUUCCGUGUACAUCUCUACUUGCAGUCUGAUGUUUUGAAUUAUAACCCAUCACCAGGUGAUUUGGCAUAUCCAGAAAAGUUGAAGAUGAUGGAAGAUAUAGCAGAAUCAAUAAGAGAAGAAUCCAGACAGACAAAAAUGAAAAAAAUAUCUAUUUCAUCUAAUGAUGAUAAUAAUCUAGAACCAAUAUCUAGGAAUCAUAUAGAAAUAGAUUCUAUCUACCAAAAGACACAUAUGGGGAAUUCACCAGCAGAUCUUCAUGGAAUGUGGUAUCCUACUGUUCGUAGAACAUUAGUAUGUUUAUCAAGAUUAUAUAGAUGCGUGGACAGAUCUGUAUUCCAAUCUUUGAGUCAGGAAGCAAUAUCUCUUUGUGUACAGAGUAUAGAAAAUGCCAGGCAUGAAAUAGAGAAAAGAGCAUCUUCUUUAGAUGCAGAACUUUUUCAAAUAAAACAUUUGCUCAUUUUAAGAGAACAAAUUGCACCAUUUCAAGUAGACUUCACCAUAAAAGAAUAUAGCCUGGAUUUUUCUAAAGUUAAGACAGCAGCAUUUGGUUUAUUAGAAAAGAGUUCAAGAUUUUUUACUUUGUCAAAUAAUGCAUUACUAGAAUUUUUAUUGGAGGGAGCACCUCAAAUGAAGGAGCAACUAAUAGACUCAAGGAAGCACGUGGAUAAUAAAUUGAAAUACACUUGUCAACGUCUCAUACAGCAUGCAACAUUUUUAUUGAUACAUCCAAUUUUGAAACUGCUAGAAAGGGAGAAGUUAUAUGCCAAUACCCCAGAUGCAUCUCCAGAACAUGCUCUUGGAAGUCCUCAAGAUGUUGCAGCAGCAAUUAGCGAGGUAUUACGGAUAAUUAAGUUUAAAUGUCCUGAAAUUCAACAACUGAUGCAACUAUAUCUCUCUAAUAAGGAAACAGAGUUUAUUUUGUUUAGGCCGGUAAAAAAUAAUGUCUGUGCUGCAUUUACACAACUAUAUCAAAUACUGAGUAAAUAUUAUAAUUCAGAAGAACUUUUAUUAAUUGCAUGUCCAUUACCAGAACAAAUCUCUGUUAUGCUGAGCUCAUCCAGUCUUACUCAUGGAAAAAAUACACAAAGCACUGCAAAAAAGACGUAGCAAAAAUGAAUUAGCAAGCUUUUAUAAUUAGGUACUGUAUAUUAACGCUAUCUGCGAUCCGUAAUCAAAUUACGAAUUUAUUUUAAAUAUUUCUUUUGAAAAAAAUAAAUAUUAAUAUAUAAUGAAUAUUUUAUAUUUUUAAGUAAAUUAUGUAAAAUCUGUAUAAAUAAUUCAUAAUUCCAUAUACAAUAGUUCAGAUAUUCAAGUAAAAUAACAAAAGCUAUUGCAAUUUAUAACGCCCUGUAUUAAAGAAUACUACACGAUAUUUUAAUUCUUUGUAAUGUACUUUAAGAACACGUAAUUUUUAUAUUACGAACAUGUACAUAUUUAAAAUCUUAAAUUAAAUUAACACACCACGAAAUUUGUACAUCUCCUUAAAUGGGAUUUAUGGUCUUAAAUAAAUUUUUACAGAAAUUGUUAUGAGUUUAAAACAAGAAAAGGUGUAUAUUUUUGUAGCAAACAGUACUAUAGUGUCAUAUUGCGAUGAUACUAGGGAUUUAAUUUUUCCAAUUGUACUUGAAAACAUGAUUAAUUGCUAAUAUAUAUAAGUGAUAAUGAUAUAUAUUA